AUGACUGAGAAGGAGAUCAUCGCUCAGUUCACGGGCUUUCGGAUGACACCCGAAGAGAAGAAGCGCAUGAAUGGGACGGUCAGUGGGGGGCACAAGAAGGGCCGGAAAGGGAGGAAAGGGAAGAAAGGAAAGGGCGGCAAAGACUGGCGAUCGGCGGGAGUGAUCGGACCCGUCCAGAAUCAGGGUGGGUGCGGUUCGUGUACUCUCUUCGCAACGGCAGGUCUCGUGGAGAGCUAUUGGGCGCGAAACGGAAACGGAAUCAAACCUCUGAGUCCGCAACAGAUGCUCGACUGCGCUCUCGACUACGAUGUGUGCCAAAGUGGGUCUGCCUUUGAGCCCGUCUUCAACUAUGUGAGGGAUAAGGGACUCACAUCUUGGGACGAAUAUCCCUACCAAACCCGGAAAAAUCGGUGCGAUAGGGACCGGGAGGGCCGGACUGUGGCCCGAAUAAAAGAAUGGAGAUCGGUGGCGGGCAAUGGCGAUGAGGGGGCCCUCCAGUUGGCGGUUCAAGACAACGGCCCGUCCACUAUAGCCAUACACGUGUCGGACUCGUGGGCCAGUUAUAAACAGGGCAUAUUCGACGGCCCCUGCGAUGGAGAUAUGAAUCACGCGGUACUUGUGGUGGGCUAUGGAUAUAACAAGGCCUCGGAUAUGAAGUAUUGGAUUGUGAAGAACUCGUGGGGCAGCGGUUGGGGAGACGACGGGUUCAUCUAUAUGCGCAAGGAUGCCGGCAAUAAGUGCCAUGUUGCCGACCAUUGUGUCCAGCUAUAUAAGCUACUCUUUAUGUGGAAAUGCAGAGACGAGGCCAGUAAUAGCAAAGCUACAUUAUUGAAAUAUUUGGACGAUAAACAGAAUUUAGAGAAAGUUUUCAAAGAAUUUAAGUACGAAUUCAGCAAAUCGUAUGAAUCAAGCGAAGUGGACCGUCAGAAAGAACAGAUAUUCCGGGACAACAUGUUGCGAGUGUACGGACAUAACUUGAAAGCUCUGAACGGCAAGUAUUCGUAUACAUUACGGGUCGGUGUGGACGCGGAUUUGACUCAUGACGAGUUUAGAAAGACACACAUCCAUUGCCAGUUCGUACUGAACCGACCCAUUUCUUACUCUAAGUCUAACUCGGCUUCUGCUGACUCCCACACCGACGAUAAGAGCUGGUCAUUCGAUUGGCGCGAUCAAGGAGUAAUUGGACCUGUGCAGCAUCAGGUACAAUUUUACAUAUUGCAUAUUUACAUUGGAAAGUGUUGUAGGUGAUAUUUUAUUUUGAAUUUUACAAUAUAUUAAAAACAAUGUUAUAUGCUCAUUAUGCGGUAAACAAUUGGAUGACCAUA